AGCAGGGAGCAGCUCACAAACGCAGGGGAGAGCUAGCAGAGCAACAAACAAUGGCCAAGAGCGGCACGGAGGAGUGGCGCCGCAACGCCGACACGCACAAGAUGAGCGCGGAGGAGGUGCGCGCGGCAGGGGUGGAGGAGUCGAUGCGCCCGCCGGGCCGGGGCCCCGGAGAGGUGCUGCACCAGCGCGGCCGCCGCCCGCUGCCGUACGGCCCGGGCACCAUGGCGCUGGUGGGGUUCGGUAUCGUCGGCGUCGUCGGCUACCUUGUCUUGUACCAGAAGGCCAGGUCCGGCACGCCGGCCACUGAGGUGGCCAAGGUCGCCGUCGGCCACGGGGACCCCGCCGCCGGCCGGGACCCGGAGAAGCGCCGCGAGGGCUCGCGUGAAGCCAAGUAGCUCGGUCCGUUGUAACCGUAAUAGCAGGAUGUAGCGUGCGUGUUGUGUUCGGUAGGGUAUUCAGUUCUGUUUUUCUGCUUUGCGAAAGACUGAAUAAGUUCUCUCCAUCGUCCCGGAAUGAAGAAUCUCAACUCUUGAUUUCA